AUGUAAUCAAUGGACCAUUUUAAAAACAAAGUGGACUUCACGAAGAUGAUAAAAGCAAUUCUCGAGCAGCGCAAAAGGGGCCAGAGUUUUGGCUUCAUGUGCUCUAAUUGACCAAGAUUGGCAAGGCCGAGUAAAGCACUCAAUGGAGCUUUAAGCCGACAGUUCUAUCAAACCGUCGAUUGAUGGAGCCAUUAGAAGAGAUAACAGCUCUCAACAGCAAGGGUUAAUAAAGCAAGAUGCUGGUAAACUUUGCAAUUUGUUUUCUGCUCGUAUUCGCCGGUCACGCCGAGUGUGAUCGGAUUUUGGGUCUUUUUCCGUACCCGAGCCGCAGUCACCUGAGCGUUUACUCAACGUUGACAAAGGCCCUUGCGGCGAGGGGCCACGAGCUGGUCGUGGUCAGUCCCUACCCGCUGGCAAACCCGCCGUCCAACUACACAGACGUGGACACCAUGCCUGCGGUCAAGGCCUUCCACGACGCUGUGUUCUCGGCCGAUGUUUACGAGUUUGCCGAUUUUCCGCUUCAUUUCAUUUUGACCUCGUUCUGGGACGAAGGGUUAAUGGUCACUGAUGCAUUUUUGCAAUAUGAAAAGGUUCAAAAUCUUUUAAAAGACAAACGGGGCUUUGAUCUAGUGAUUGCUGAAGCUUUUAUUGAUGAGGCUGUUUACACAUUUGCACAACAUUUCAAAGCUCCUCUCAUAUUGAUCUCUUCAAUGAACGGCCUUCAUUGGAUCAACUACGCUGUAGGCAACCCGACACCGUGGUCGUAUUAUCCAAACCCAAUGUUAACUUACAUAGACCGCAUGGAUUUCUCAGAACGCCUCAGGAACUUUUUAUUUUCAGCCGCCUGGGAUUUAGGAAAUCAACUUCAUUAUUUCCCAAAACAAAACCAGCUUCAACAAAAGUAUUUUGGAUCUGGAUAUCCGGACGUGCGUGAAAUUCAAAACUCAGUGAGUCUCAUUUUGCUGAACGCGCAUUUCACCAUGACUUUUCCGCGACCACUCGUUCCGGCAAUCGUCGAAGUCGGCGGGAUGCACGUCAGUCCAAAAAACAAAAAGCUGCCUGAAGACAUGCAGCAAUUUUUGGACGGCGCCACGGAAGGCGCGAUUUACUUUUCAAUGGGUUCGAAUUUGCGCAGUGAUUUGAUGCCCGCCGAAAAAAUUCAGCAAAUCCUGGCCGCGUUCGCCAAAAUCCCGCAGCGGGUGUUGUGGAAGUGGGAAUCGGAAAACUUGCCAAAUCAGCCGCCCAACGUGAAAAUCGGCAAGUGGAUGCCUCAGCAAGAUAUUCUCGCCCAUCCAAACGUACGCGUUUUUAUAACGCACGGAGGGUUGCUGAGUGCCCAGGAGGCGGCGUUUCAUGGAGUGGCCCUGAUCGGAAUUCCAAUUUUCGGAGAUCAAAUGCUUAACGUUAAGCAGGCGGAGAGGGCGGGAUACGCCGUAGUCGUAAAUUACCAGAACAUCUCACAGGAAGCAUUCUCGUGGGCCAUAGAGAGAGCUCUUCACGAUGAAAGAAUUCAAACCGAGGCAAAGAGGCGGGCAAGGGUGGUUCGAGACCAACCGCAAACGCCCCUGGAGAGAGCGGUCUUCUGGACGGAAUACGUCCUCCGACACAAAGGGGCACCUCAUUUGCAGUCGGCGGCCGUUUCCCUAGAGUGGUAUCAAUUGAAUCUGCUCGACGUCUAUGUAUUCAUUGCAAGUGUUCUGCUCUCGUUCGCUUUCCUGCUGCGGUUUUGUCUCCAAAAGCUAAUACGUGCUUGUUCAAGAGCAAAAGUGAAGUCAGAAUAAAUAUGAAUCUGAACACACAAAAAUAUGA